AUGUUGUGGCUGUCACCUACGAGCGAUGAUAUCCACCAUCACUUCAAUUUCGGCCCGGCGGACACUGCAGGUGAGGACCGUUACGUAUGGCGUCAUGGAGAUGAUGAUUACAAGCCAUGUUUCUCUAGUAUGCAAACAUGGCAGCAGGUUAGAGUCCAACACCCUACGGUCGCUUGGAGCAAGAUUGUAUGGUUUCCACAUGCCAUUACUCGGUUCUCAUUCAUUACUUGGCUAGCACUCAAUGAUAGAUUAUCUACGGGAGCUAGGAGUAGAGCAUGGGGCUGUAUUCAACCGUGUCUUCUGUGUAGGGAACCAGACGAGACCAGAGACCAACUGUUCUUUGCGUGUCCCUACUCGUUCACAGUCUGGAUUAAUCUAGUCGGAUACCUUCUGGGACCUCGCGUGAACCCGGACUGGUCUCUCACCAUAACAUCUCUUCUAUCUACUCGGCGUAAGGAGAUUGAUACCGAUCUCCUGAAACUUGCUUUCCAGGCUACCAUCUACAACUUAUGGAGGGAGAGAAACAGCAGAAGGCAUCAUGGUCACCCGCAAAGUGCAGGACAGUUAGUUCGUGUUAUUGAUAACUGA